AUGGUUAGAUGCAUGGGUCCCAUGCAGGCUCUCAUAUUGCUCCUACUUGCCUCACUGACCAGUUCGAGUUCGGCGCCGUCAGGCUACCGCGCGGUGCUCACCCAUGUCGACUCAAAAGGCGGCUUCACCAAUGCCGAGCUGAUACGCCGAGCCGCUCAUAGGAACCGCCUCCGAGCGACGUCAGGUUAUUCCACAAGCUCUUCCAGCUCGGACAGCAGCGCUAGGCUUUACUCUGGCCAAGCCGAGUACCUCAUGGAGCUCGCCAUCGGGACGCCACCGGUGCCGUUCAUCGCCCUGGCCGACACCGGCAGCGACCUCACCUGGACGCAGUGCCAGCCGUGCAAGCUGUGCUUCCCACAGGACACGCCCAUCUACGACACCUCCGCCUCAUCCAGCUUCUCCCCGGUGGCCUGCUCCAGCGCCACCUGCCUGCCCAUAUGGAGCCGCAACUGCUCCUCCUCGCCAGUCUGCAGGUAUCGCUACGCCUACGGCGACGGCGCCUACUCGACGGGGAUCUUGGGGACGGAGACGAUCACCUUCGGAUUUAGUUCGACCUCUAGCGCGGCUCAUGGCGUCGCGUUCGGCUGCGGCGCCGACAACGGGGGCGCCUCCUACAACUCCACGGGGACGGUCGGCCUCGGCCGAGGGACGCUCUCCCUGGUGGCGCAGCUAGGGGCCGGCAAGUUCUCCUACUGCCUCACCGACUUCUUCAACUCUAGCCUAGGCAGCCCCUUCAUGUUCGGGUCUCUAGCGGACAUUGCCGACGGCGAUGCCGUUCUGGUGCAGUCGACGCCGCUGUUGCAGAACCCGCGGAUACCGUCGCGGUACUACGUCUCCCUGGAGGGCAUUUCGCUCGGCGACGCCCGCCUGCCGAUCCCGAACGACACCUUCGCGCUGCGUGCCGACGGCACCGGGGGCAUGAUCGUGGACUCCGGCACCAUCUUCACGGCCCUUGAUGAAAGCGCUUUCAGGGUGGUCGUCCACCAUGUGGCUGCCGUGCUUGGGCAGCCGGUGGCGAACGCGUCUAGCCUGGACAGCCCUUGCUUUCCCGCGCCAAAUGGUGAGCGGCAACUUCCAAUCAUGCCGGACAUGGUGCUGCACUUCGCCAGCGGUGGGGAUACGAGGCUCGACUUUACCGGCGGAGCGGAUAUGAGGCUGCACAGGGACAACUACAUGUACUUCAAUGAGGAGGACUCGUCCUUCUGCCUGAGCAUUGAAGGAACAACGUCAGGGUCGACUUCGGUGUUUGGCAAUUUCCAGCAGCAGAAUAUACAGAUGCUGUUUGAUAUGACUGUCGGGCAAAUGUCAUUCCGGUACACCGACUGCAGUAAGCUCUGA